CUAAAGGAGAUGCAGCUGAAACAGAUCUGUAGAACUCAAGAUCCUCUGAAACUCAAGCCUGAGGAGAUCAUCUGAGAAGCAGCAGACAUCCCAGGUGUAUGAGACAUGAUUGCUGUUCUCUUCUUAGCCAUCCUCUGCUUGGAAAUCGACUCAACUUCUCCAACACUAGAUCCCAGUUUAAAUGUUGAAUGGAAUAAAUGGAGGAUAAAACAUGGGAAAACAUACAACAUGAAUGAAGAAAAACUGAGGAGAGCUGUGUGGGAAAAGAAUUUUAAAAUGAUUGAACUGCAUAAUUUGGAAUACCUUGAGGGGAAGCAUGACUUUACCAUGACAAUGAAUGCCUUUGGUGAUUUGACCAAUAUAGAAUUCGUGAAAAUUAUGACAGGCUUUCAAAGGCAGAAGAUCAAGAAGAUGCAUGUAUUCCAGGAUCAUCAGUUUCUUUAUGUCCCCAAAAAUGUGGAUUGGAGAAAGCUUGGCUAUGUGACUCCUGUGAAGAAUCAGGGUCAUUGUGCCUCUAGUUGGGCUUUUAGUGCAACUGGAUCCCUAGAAGGACAAAUGUUCCGGAAAACAGGGAGACUGAUCCCUCUGAGUGAGCAGAACCUACUGGACUGCAUGGGAUUUAAUGUUACCCACGGCUGCAGUGGUGGCUUCAUGCAGAAUGCCUUCCAAUAUGUGAAAGACAACGGCGGUCUCGCAGCUGAGGAAUCCUAUUCAUACAGAGGCCCAGGUAGAGAGUGCAGGUACCGCGCUGAGAAUUCUGCAGCUAAUGUCAGAGAUUUUGUGCAAAUCCCAGGAAGCGAGGAAGCCCUUAUGAAGGCAGUGGCUAAAGUGGGGCCCAUCUCUGUUGCAGUCGAUGCCAGCCAUGGUUCCUUCCAAUUCUAUGACAGUGGCAUCUAUUAUGAGCCACAGUGUAAAAGGGUUCACCUAAAUCAUGCUGUUCUGGUGAUCGGCUAUGGCUUUGAGGGAGAAGAAUCAGAUGGCAACAGUUAUUGGCUGGUCAAGAACAGCUGGGGUGAGGAAUGGGGCAUGAAGGGAUACAUGAAGAUUGCCAAAGACUGGAACAACCACUGUGGGAUUGCUACAGUCGCCACAUACCCCAUCGUAUGAGCUGCAUCACAGUGUGAAGGAAGGAGUAGAGUACAGAUGGAACAGACUGAGCAGGGUUUCUCCUUUCACAGACCAGCCUCUGCUGUGGUGGUAGGAAGAGUGGCAGCUGAGUCACCGAGGAUCCACACUUGAUGUGAAUUAAACUCAUAAACAUUAGUGCCAUUAACAGCUUUGUAGUAGUGACUGUCAUUUAAAAAAAUCCGAAUUUUCAUUUUAGAAUGCUGUAAAAAAUUACAUAUUCAAAAUAAAGCUUAAUUUCAAAA